AUGUCCUCUCUAGCUCUCUCCUGGCUGCUCCUGGCUGCGACUCUUCCCCUCCUGGAGCUGGAAUCAACAUUUGUCCCCACAGCCCAAUCAGAACGCAAGCCAUCUGGAGGGAAACCUGGGCAGCAACUGAACCAAAACAGUGAAGGGGAAUCAGUGCUGGUCUCCAGCUAUGUACAUCUGGAAUUUUCAAACAGGACGGGGCCACAGAAACUCUUGAAUAACUUGACUCUUCCUGCUGCCUGGGCAUCCCUUUCCCCAAGAAUGCUUACUGGCCUCGGCCUUACAACAGAGUGUCGUGUCGACCACAAGGGGACUAAGUUCUGCUCUUGCCAGCCUGGCUACCAAUGGAACGCCACACUUUGUUCCCUUUUCCCAAGCUGCCGUGGCCACAGGUCAGAAAGAGAUUCCUGUGAAUGUAGAAGCUUCCACAGUCCUGUUCCUGGCUACUGCCAGUUGCUGCCACCUGUUCCCGCAAAGCUGACCCUGAACUCCCAGCUGCAAAGACAUGGGGACACUCUGAACCUCACUCUCCUCAAAAAAGAGGAGGCUACAAACCUGAGAUGGUUCUUGAAACACUCAGAGAAACACCAAUCCGUCUUCUUAUGGCCAGGGACAAAUGUGUGCCAGAUAUCCAGUGAGGACCAGGUUGGCCUUAGCAUCACCCGAAUGUCCCGUCACUGGUCAGGUAAGUACGUGAGCAUCUUCGAGGCCCAGGGCUUCAGGUGGAAGCUGCAGCAGGUGGUGACGCUGCCCGUGGAGGAAAGAGAAGUGGCUGUGCUUCCCGACAAGCUGUCUGUCUCCUGCGCCGCCUCUGCUGGCUUCCAGCUGAGCUGUUGCAUCCCACUCACAAACUUGACCUACACUGCUACCUGGAGUCCCGGGCAGGGCGGCCGAGCCUCCUUGCAUAACACGUCAGACUCCCAGUGCUCUGUGCUGGCUGUUCAGCAAUGCCCAGCAGCCAAUACCACAUAUACUUGUGCCGUCCAGAGUCAGGACCUGGCUCCCCUCACUGCUUCUGUCUACAUCACCAUCAUCCAGGAUGGGGAUACUACCUGCCCUGAGGACUUCGUGGUGGUUGCCUGGAACGUCACCAAGGCUGGCUUUGUGGCACAGGCCCCAUGUCCUGUGAAUAAGAGAGGCAUGAUAAAGAGGCUCUGUGGGCCUGAUGGCAUCUGGGGACCCGUCCAGAACAGCUGCACAGAGGCAAAGAUCCUAACCUUGUGUCUUAAAGCCAAGCUGCUGCUGGAAGGCCAGGGAAAGCCUAACAAGGAGGUGCCACGGAUCCUGAGUGAGCUGCAAGGGCAGGUGGGGGUGGCCAGCACCCCGUCUGACCUACAGGAAAUGCUGCACACUGUGACUUUACUGGCCAAGGUGGUAGCAGAGACAAGCACAGAGCUUACAGACGGUGCCCUGAAGGACCUCCUGACAACCACAGACAGGAUUCUAGAUGUGAACAUCAGCUCUCUGUGGACCCUGGCCCAGGCCCAGGAACCCUCGAUGGGCUCAGAUUUCCUGAAGGCUGUGGAGACCCUGGUCAGCAGCUUGAGCCCACAGCGGCAUCCUUUCUCCUUCAGCUCAUCGAACGUGUUCCUGCAGAGCCAGCUCCUCACACACACCUCUCCUCCUGGCUACCAAAUGUCCUUCUCUGUGGGGCCCCUCCGGCAGGCACAGAUUCCGUGGCAUUCACUGGCCCCGUUGGUCCAUAAUGGAACUAACAUCAGUAUUGCUAGCCUAGCACUGCAAAAACUGGACGGCCGCCUGCCCUCCAACUCUACACAAGGGCUGUGGAACACCCCAUAUACCACUCCUGGGCUGAUCCUUGUGGUCUCCAUCACAGCAGGUGGCCAGGCCUUCACACAGGCAGAGGUUAUCAUGGACUUUGAAGACAUGAAUGGAACCCUGCACUGUGUCUUCUGGGACCACAGUGUCUUCCAGGGUCAGGGAGGCUGGUCAGAUAAAGGGUGCCAGGUACAUGCAGCCAAUGCCAGCACCACUCGGUGCAUUUGCCAGCAUCUCACUGCCUUUUCCAUCCUCAUGUCCCAACAUGUCCCAGAAAAUCCCAUCCUGGACCUGCUGAGCCAGGUGGGUACUGGGGCUUCCAUCUUGGCACUGCUCAUGUGCCUGGCUAUUUACAGGCUGGUAUGGAGAGUGGUGGUUCGGAACAAAGUCGCCUUCUUCCGCCACACCGCCCUGUUUAACGUGGUGAUCUGCUUGCUGAUUGCAGACACUUGCUUCCUGGGAAGCCCGUUCCUUCCUGCCGGGCACCACAGCUUGCUCUGCCUGGUCGAUGUUUUUCUGUGCCACUUUUUCUACCUGGCCACCUUCUUCUGGAUGCUGGCCCAGGCCCUGGUGCUGGCCCACCAGCUGCUUUUUGUCUUCCAUCAGCUGUCCAAGCACCUAGUUGUCUCACUCAUGGUGAUCCUGGGCUACCUGUGCCCACUGGGGCUUGCUGGUGUCACCCUGGGCCUCUAUUUGCCUCAAAGGAAAUACCUGAGGGAGGGGACAUGCUUGCUGAAUGGAGAUGGAGUCAUGCUGUACACCUUCAGCGAGCCAGUGCUGGCCAUCGUUGGUGUAAAUGGGCUGGUCCUGGUGAUAGCUGUGCUGAAGCUGCUGAGACCUUCGCUGUCAGAGGGGCCCCCAAUGGAAAAGCGCCAAGCCCUCCUGGGCGUGCUUAAAGCCCUGCUUAUUCUCACACCCAUCUUUGGCCUCACUUGGGGACUGGGUGUGGCCUUUCUGUUUGAUCAAGACUCCAUGGUCUCUCACUACAUCUUCACCGUUCUCAACAGCCUCCAGGGUGUCUUCAUCUUAGUUUUCGGCUGCCUCACAGACAAAAAGGUACUAGAGGCCUUGCACAGACGCUUCCGAGGUACCCAGUCCUCCAGCUCUGCCAUCUCCCUGGCCACAAAUGAAACCUACAACUCAGAACACUGCAGAGAAAGAAGUGAACGUGCCAGUUAUGAAGAAAGAAUGACUGAUUGA